UUAUAAAUUCUACUACAUUCUUUGAAUUCUAGUCAGUUCCGUAGAACGCUUUACAAUUACACUGCAGGGAUUUCCGCAGUUUUAUGCAAGGCAGUUCCUUUGGGGUCAGGAAACACCCACGAAAUGACGAGAUUCCAAGAAUCAAAUGACGCGUCCGGUUUGCAUAUUCCGUAAACUGUAAUGUCAACAAGGGCUCCCAGCCCCCAACUUUUCGGAUUAUUUAUCACCUUGCCUUUCGGUGGUAAGCCCGUGACGCCUUUUCGCGACUUGUUGCCUACUUAGCAGCGCAUAUCUUGGCCUGCUAAAUGAUGGCCUCUGACAUUAUUCAUUCGACAAUAUCGUCGGAGCAGGCGCUAAAGUUUUUAAAUGUCCCGAAAAUAUUUCAUUGAUAAAACCCCGAUUCUUUGAAGGGAGGAGUGGCUAGCGAAAGCUUGUCGAAGCUUUUACGCAAUUUUUUGGCGCCUCGACAUCGGCUCUUUGAAAACGACACACUCGUCAUCGGUCGGAGAUGGCGAAUUGCGUUUAACUUCGGUUCCGGCCUUAUAAAAGGAGGCGGCUACGCGAGUCGACCACGCAGUGUUCAACAAGUAGUAGGAGCAACAGUUGACAGUCAAACCAUAUUCUGGUUCAGUAAUUCGAACGGUUCCCACAAAAAUAUUUUAAAAAACACCCCAGCAUCCACAUCGACAACGACCCGCGCAUUAAUCCCGAGCACAUCCGUAGAGGCUGUAUAAACAGUGACACCGCCAUGAAGCCCGACAUCCUAGCGUUCUGCAUCCUGGCAACCACGAUCCUGGGCAGCGGGACACGUCACGUCGCCGGCUUCCUAGCUUCCUCCCAGAGCACGCCGCAUGGAGGAGGAGCCAAAGUGGGUGACCACCAGGGCGUUGCAUCCGGACCACAUCGGCUGCAACUGCCCAUUUUCGGAGUCGCAGUCGGGGGCGGACCCGUUCGCCAAGAACCCCCAUCCUUGGACGUCCAGGAGGCCCAGGAACGAGCUGUUUACGAUCCCGGAGAUGAAUUACUCCGCGCCCAGGAGCUCGGAUUGGCUCUGGUUCCUCCGGGCCCCGACUACGCCGAUGCGGUGUACAACGAACUCGAGCUGGCCAGCAAGUUCGAGGUGCUCAAGAAGAUGGAGGAGGAUUUGCGGGCCGAGCAGGAACUGGUGGACAAAUCCGCUUUGCUCAUGAAAAUGCUAGAGGAUCCCUCAUUGGAAACUUUGCCGCUGGUCUACGUGGAGGAAGAAGAGCCGGAGGCUGUGAUUCCUUCCGCUGGGGCCGAGGACUACGCCGACCUGGAGAAUGCCGUUCAGGAUUUGGUUUUGGGCCAGAGCAAGCCCAAGCGUUCGCGGUAUUAUCGCAGGUAUCCGUGGAAGCGCCACAACAAGAAUCGCGGUUCUUACAUGAAUUCUAUCAACAGCAACUAUGAACCGGAAUUGCGAUAUGCCUGCACACCAAGUAAGGAGGAUAUAUUUAAGCUGCUGGUCAAUCUGCACGAGAAUCGUAAGGGCAACCACAGCAAGACGGUUAAUUUCUGCAAUCGCAAGCGUCCUGCCAAGGCGGUCUUCACCAACAUAAGAUUCCUGGGUUAAGCAGGAAGGACAUGGGAUACAGAUGGUACGGGAAAAAAACAGAAACCAAAACCCAGACACCAGACACAGGACACUGACAGACACAUAUGUAUACCAAGCAUCAAUUGUACAUUGCUGACAAAGUCGAGCGCCAACCUGGAGAACAACAAGCACUAACAAUUAGCCUAACUAACUAACUACUAACUACCCAAACUAAACGAACUAAUCUAAAAAUAAUUCGUUAUCUCGUAGGGUUACAAAUCCCUCGGCACACCCCUAAUUCUAAUUGUAGGCAAUUAAAACUUUUAUAACUCUCAAUGUUUUGUAUAUACUAACUAACUAAACAAACCAAAGUUCUAUUAGCUCCCCUUGUUAAUUUUUGAUGUGGUCGUUGCGUGUGCUAAUCCAUGAAAUUGCAAAAACGUUGCCAUAUCACUUAAAAGUCUCGUAACGUCUCUCGGUCCAUUACGCUAGUAUUAUAAAAUAAUAAAUGGAACCGCAAAACUUAAUGCUAUAUCAAUGUGUAUAUACGAGAAUAUUAAAGUGUAUUAACAUAAAUGUAUUAUCUACUUACGAAAUCAAACUAUCUCUAAUGUAAAGUCGGGAAGUAUAUAUAUUUCAAAUAAACUUAUAAAAUACGA